UAUCGAACCUCCUUCGCUAGAAAUCAACACUCUCGACCUCUAACUAAUUCCUCAAACCUUGAUCAUAUUACUUCUGAACAUGUCGGUUUAAUCGAGAGUUCAGAUCAUCAGAUUAUAGAGCUUGCAGUUUUACCGCCGAAAUGGGUAGACAUAGUAGAAGAAGUUGAUGAGAAAAUUGAUCAAAUAAAAAACCUUUUUCUGACAUUAGAGUCGUUACAUAGGAAACAUGUUUUACCAGGAUUUGACGAUAGGACCGAAGAGGAAGAGGAAAUAGAGAGAUUGACUACAGAAAUAACAGAACUUUUUCAACAAUGCCAAAGAGAAAUCAGACGGAUAGGUGAUCAAAGUCAACCGGCGAUGUCAAGUCAAGAAAUAGUCCUAAGAAAAAAUAUUCAAACUUCGUUAGCCUCGAAAGUACAAGAUCUGUCCGCAAACUUCAGAAAACAACAGUCGGCAUAUAUGAAGAAACUCAAGGGAAGGGAGACCAAAGUUUCGGGAUUCUUUUCUAUAGACUCAGUUGAAGACGAUCAUGAGAGGGGUUUCACAUCAAAUCAACUGGCUAUUGUGGAAUCUUCAGAAGCACUGAUAAGCCAAAGAGAAAGGGAAAUUAGUGAAAUUGCAAAAUCUAUAAACACAUUGGCAAUAAUAUUUAAAGAUCUUCAAACCCUUGUUAUUGAUCAAGGAACGUUAUUAGACCGAAUAGAUUACAAUGUUGAACAAAUGGUUUUUGAUGUGAAGGCGGCAGUCAAAGAAUUAGAUAAGCAAGAAGAUAAUGUUCUCCGCCCCAUUAUGAGCAGUGAGGAAUCGUUGUUCACGUCCUUUUCCCCACCACUUGUUAACAGUAACUCUUCUACAGCAAAGUCGUUGCCCACCACGGCCCAUCACCUGAAAUCCCAAACGAGCUUAACUACGGUUGUAAAUGCACAAAUUUCCUUCCUAUUGAAUGCGCUCUCACUCGAAAAUUACGCUCUCAAAGUAUCGGAGAUUAAUUCUCUAUUAAACAAACACGGUCAGGACACACAUUUCUACUUGUUAAGGAAACUUCUGAUUAUCAAUAAGAACCAAAUCUGCAAUAUUGGAUCUUGUAAUUCGGAAUCUUCUUUAAGCUACCCUUUUUUGGUCGAGAAAAUUAAAGAAGCUGCCAGUGAUCCGGCUCUAUCAGCCGUUUUAUGCGAGGCUUUCAACUCAAUAAAUUACGCAGAUUCUUUUAAGGACUUUGAUCUUAACAGUUUCUUAGAAGACGUCGGAAUUAAUCCGGUAGAAAAAGUUGGCCUUUGUAUCUCUUUAUUGCAAGCGAAUAGAAAGGAAAUCUCUGACCAAGCACGUGAAAUAAUCAAGCAGAAUUUUGACCCCCUUGUGAAAGCCUUGGAAGACCAAGCGAUCCAAAAUAAUUUAUCCGACAAACUCUUACGUCAUUUGAUCACAUAUUUUAAGUCACACGAGGCGGAAGGUCUAAAUCUUUCAUCUCAACAAAGUGAAGCUACGCAAAAUUCCGAGAGAUUAUCGUUCGGAUCUGUGUCAACUAGUAUUCUUCCUCUCCUGAAUUCGAAUCCAUCAGUCGCUUUUGCAAAAAUGACCGAAUCCAAUGAAUCAUUUCAACAACCUUUGGCCGUACUCAUGCACGAAUCAGGCUAUAAAUGUUGCAGCACGUUAGAUGCAUUUACCGAACUCCUUGGUCAACUGGGAGUGAAACCACCUUUUUCUGAGGAAAUCAUUAAAGAAGAUGAUGUUGCUCGUGCCCUCGGAAUGAUGGUAGAAACGCAUUCCACCCUUGAGGAAGGUGAAAACGUAUGGAGUCAAUCUUCUAAUAUAGAAGAUAAUCAAACUUGGGAUGUAGAAAUAUUUGCGACAACAUUAACUGAUCUU